AAUCCAAGUUUCCGUUGAUUUUCUAUUUUAAUAAAUAGCUGUUUCGCUUGGAAUGUAAUCAACCCUACCUAAAAUAAAAAAAUAAAAAAUGUGUCAUUUGUGAAUGCUGUACGCAAUCCAGUAUGCGAGUCGGAUUCUUUAAAGUUCAUUCACGGGAGAUAACUCUUAAUUCUUUCCGGCAAACCUCGAUUUCAAAAGCACAUGGGAGACACAUGAAUGUCUAUGCAGUUGUGAAAUACCAAUCAAGAUCUUCUCACAAUCACUUAUAGAGAAACGUACGUAGUUGGCCAGAUACUUGUCAGACAGAAUGCCGAAGAAAAGCAAAGGGAAAAAGUCUAAAGACGACGACUGGCCAGACGAAGAACCGAAUUUAGAUGACAAAAUGAAAUCUUUGACAGUCGACGACGAAGAUCCAAAGGAAGAAGACAAGUCCAAAAAGAAGAAGAAGCCGAAGAAGAGUAAGAUGGAUCUGCUGAAGGAAGAAAUGCAGCAGGCGGAGAAUGAUGAACCAGAGGAAGAACCAGAGCCGGUUGUGGAGAAACCAAAAGCCAAACCAAAGAAAAAGCCUGUGAAACAUUACAGCUCUGACGAUGACGAUGAUGGUGAAGUUGACAGAGAUGCUGGUGGAGCAGCAGCGGAAGCUGAACAAGAAGAAACGGAAGAAAUAAAACCCAAGCUUAGCAAGAAGGAAUUAAAGAAGUUAAAGAAACAGGCGGAGUACAAGCAGCAGCUGGAGAUGAUGGGCGACCAGGGACAGUUCUCCGUGUCCCAGGCUGAGAAGUCCUCAAAGGCCGCGGUGCUGGAGAACCAACAAGACAUCAAGGUGGAGAACUUCUCCAUAUCGGCCAGAGGGAAGGAUCUGUUUGUUGGGGCUACGCUGCAGAUCACGAACCAGAGACGAUAUGGUCUAGUGGGGCCUAAUGGGCAUGGCAAGACCACGCUGCUGAAACACAUCCAGAGCAGAUCCCUGAAUAUUCCCCCCAACAUAGAUGUGCUGUACUGUGAACAAGAGGUGCAGGCGAGUGUGGACAAGGCCAUCGACGUGGUGCUGAAGGCCGACAAGAAGCGUGUUGCUCUCAUGGAGGAAGAGAAGAAGCUAAUGCACGAGUCUGAGGCUGGCAACACCAACAACAGUGAGAGGCUCAAGCAGGUGUACGAGGAGCUGCGUGCUAUUGGCGCAGAUGCUGCAGAGUCGAAGGCACGUAGGAUCCUGGCUGGUCUCGGCUUCACAAAGAAUAUGAUGGACAGGUCCACCAAAGACUUGUCUGGAGGCUGGAGGAUGAGAGUGUCACUUGCCAGGGCAUUGUUCUUGGAGCCUACGUUGCUGAUGUUGGACGAACCCACCAACCAUCUGGACCUGAAUGCUGUCAUCUGGCUGGACAACUACCUGCAGACUUGGAAGAAGACCCUGCUUGUGGUGUCACAUGACCAAAGUUUCCUUGACAACGUGUGCACUGACAUCAUCCACUUGGACAUGCAAAAACUCUUCUAUUACCGUGGCAACUUCAAUGCUUUUAAGAAGAUGUUUGUGCAAAAGCGGAAAGAGCAGAUUAAGGAUUACGAGAAGCAGGAGAAGAGGAUUAAGGACCUGAAGGCUUCGGGACAGUCCAAGAAGAAGGCGGAGGAGAAACAAAAGGAAGUCAUGACGCGGAAGCAGGCAAAGAACAAGGCGAAGCAGUCGAUGUUCGCUGAGGAGGAGAAGCCGACAGAGUUGCUGCAAAAACCUCGAGAUUACAUCGUCAAGUUUUCCUUCCCAAAGCCCACUCCUCUCAGCCCCCCUAUCCUGGGUGCCCACAAUGUCACAUUUGGCUAUGAUGGACAGAGGUCACUUUUCAAGAACCUGGACUUUGGUAUUGAUAUGUCAUCCAGAGUUGCAAUAGUCGGCCCCAAUGGAGUGGGCAAGAGUACAUUCCUCAAGCUGUUGACAAAGGAGAUACAGCCGCAACAAGGAGAAAUAAGGAAGAACCAUCGAUUGAGGAUAGGGAAGUAUGAUCAACACUCAGCUGACCAGCUUAACCUGGAGGAGACGCCCGUGGAAUAUCUUCAGCGGCUGUUCAACAUGCAGUACCAGGAUGCCAGGAAGAUCCUGGGGAAGUUCGGCCUGGCGAGUCACGGUCACACCAUCAAGAACAGCGAUCUGUCCGGCGGUCAGAAGGCCAGGGUGGCGAUGGCGGAACUCUCCUGCAGGGCCCCGGACGUCCUCAUCUUGGAUGAGCCCACUAACAACCUUGACAUUGAGUCCAUUGAUGCUCUUGCAGAUGCUAUUCGGGAGUUCACUGGAGGUGUGAUCAUUGUGAGUCACGACGAGCGUCUCAUCCGAGAGACAGACUGUCAACUGUGGGUUGUAGAGAACCGAGGCAUUAGCGAGAUCGACGGCGACUUUGACGAUUACAGACGAGAACUUCUUGAGGAACUAGGGGAGACAGUGGCCAAAGCACCAGAGCAUGAAAGAGUUUGACGAGGAGAUCAAAAUAGAAUUCUUAUUGCAACCAUCAUCAUUCUGGUUCAGGACAUUUAAGAAACAUUGACAGCAUCUGCUUCACCUCUACAAUAUUUGACAAUCUGCCGCUGCAAUGAUGAACUUGUAUGACAUUGAGACCUACCAAGCUGGGAUCAGGAGGUCGAGUUGUCAUGGUGACAGUGCAUAUACAGUCCUUCGGAUCUAUUCCAUUGGACGAACAGGUGUUUGUCCUUGGUCGUCAUUUCUUCAUGUACAUUCUACAUUAUAGAGAAUCAUCCCUACUACGUGGGUUACACCAGGAGCUGAAAUCAUCGUCCCAUGCUUUAUACUAAGCAUUUGGGUGGGGUGGGGUAGCCUAGUGGUUAAAGUGUUCGCCCAUCACACCAAAGGUCCAUGUUUGUGACCGGUUUAUGUAUCGUGAAGCACAACACAAUUACGCCAGUGCCAUGAAAUACCGACAAUACCAAGAUGAUGAAUAUAGCUAUGAGGCAACUAAAAAACUAUUUCUUUCAUCUAAUUGUGUACAAGUUGUAAAAAAUUAAUUGUACAAUAUUUGUUCAUGUUAAGAUUUGAAUGGAUAUUACCAAUCAGUGGGAUAAUUGUAGAUGAAAACACCUCAAAUUCACCAUAUCAUUCAGGAAGGUUUGCGCCACAUUUUAUGUUUUGAAAAAUACCUGAUGUUUCUGCAGCUAUUUUGAAUUACAAAUUCGAGAAACAUUGGAAUGAACAUCAGUUCUCAACACGCCAUCUGUGUUAAACAAUUUAAUACAAAUCGUUAGAGAAAGAAACCUGUCCAUCAAGUACUGGGGGCAGUCGGGUAGCCUAGUGGUUAAAGCGUUCGCUCGUCACACCGAAGACCCGGGUUCGAUUCCCGACAUGGGUACAAUGUGUGAAGCCCAUUUCUGGUGUCCCCAGCUGUGAUAUUGCUGGAAUAUUGCAAAAAGCGGCGUAAAACCAUACUCACUCACUCACUAUCAAGUACUGGCUCAUAUCUGGGUCAAGAUGACCUGAGCCACAAAGGUUUUUCUGAUUUUUUUUUACCAUUAUGAAUAAGUGACUGGUAGGGCACAACAGUGGGAGAUGCUAAUGCCAUAUCUGACUUGCUUCAUACAGAGUUGCAAUAAAUCUUUGUUGUUAAUUUUUUUUAAAUAACUAUAGCUACCCUAGAAUUAUCCCUCCUAACUAUUGAAGGUUCUUUGGUGAUUUGAAUAAAGUACACUGUUAAAUUGUGUAAAUAUUAAAUGACUCCUCUGAUAAA